CUUAACUGCAUCUGGAAGAUAUGGAAUGGUUGGUUCACCUUUCACAUUCACAUGUAGGACUGUUUUUCCUCCUGAGGUUACCUGGUUUGUGAAUGAUACCGAGUACAUGGUGUAUGGGUCUGGGAGAGGUAAAUGCUAUCCUGAUUCGCCUCUUCCGACACACUACACUUUCAACUGUAGGUACGAAAUCUUCACGCUAACAAUCAACUCUGUGAACAUCAGUCAGCACGGAACAGUUUGGCGAUGUGGUUUUAGACGUGGACGACCAGAGAGCAAUACAAUAGUGCUGGAAGUUCGAGGUGGCCCAGGUUCAUCACUUCAUGUGAACACCUCCUCCUCAGUAUAUGUUAAUGAAAUGGAUGACGUAGCAGUGUCAUGCGCAGCAGACUGUUUUCUCCGAUGUGACUACACGUGGAUUUUCAACGGCAAGACAAUAAGCAACACAAGCAUUCUGUCUGUAUCCGGAAUUAACAGAACACAAACUGGAGUCUACACGUGCACAGCUGUCAACCCAGAUACAGGACAAACAGCAAAUACAACAGUUGACGUUUACGUACAGCAUGGUCCUGGUUCAACAAUACGUUUGAACACACCUUCUAAAUUAUUUCCUGAAGAAGGAAGUGACGUAGCAGUGUCAUGCGCAGCAGACUGUUUUAUCAGAUGUGACUACACGUGGAAGUACAAUGACAAAACAGUAAGCAACUCAGCCAUUCUGUCUAUAUCCAGAAUUGACAAAUCACAGACUGGAAUCUACACGUGUUCCGCUGUGAAUCCAGAUACACGGCAAUCAGCAAAUACAACAGUUCUUGUGGAUGUGCUGUACCAACCUGUUAUUAAGCGGAUGCAGUUGAAGAAACCCGACACUAAAGAAGCUGUUGUUGACGAAGUAAGACCCAUCACUUUGAUCUGCGUUGUCGACAGCAACCCGACAUCUAGCAUGAAGCUGUUCAGGGGCAGACAACUCGUACGACAGAUGACGAAUGUGACGAGUCUGGAAUACACCUGGCGCGAAGCUGUGUGCCAAACUUCGGGGACGUACUCGUGUGAAGCAGAAAACAGCGUGAAGUCACCGGCCAGGCACACCUUGGAACUGGCUGUGGAAUGCAUACAUCAGUCAACAAUUUGGUGAGGACUGACAACACUCCAGCAGGUGCCAAACCACAAAACGAACAUGGCUGUAGCAAAUGGUGUCAUAGAGAAAUACACACACACACACACACACAAACAGAGAGAGACAAAGACAGAGAUAGAGAGAACUAGCUGAAGUAAUUAUUUUAAAGCAUAAAAUAUGGCGUUGGUAAGAUAAUUUAACCACUAAACUUAAGAUACAAUUUUUCACCAUUAUUGAAGCAUAGAUUUGAUAAAAGUAAAACUAUUUAGUUACAUAACAAAUUUAAAAAAACAAAAAAACAAACAAACAAACCCAGUGCUUUAUAGACAUAUAUUAUGACAUGCUGUCAAAUUCUUUUCUUUCUUUUCUUUACCUUGGUGAAGCAGAUGAUUUAUUCUUUUUCUUUUAACCCCCCCCCCCCCCCCCCCAAAAAAAAAAAACCCUACCUGUUAUUACCCAGAUCACCUUAUUAUCAUAAAUGUCAUAUUUGUAACAUUUUGUUCCACGUACCUGGCACAUAAGUUGUUGUAUACUCUGGUUGUGAACCCAAGUGAAUCUGAAGUGAGGAUAUAUACAGCUGGACAA